UCCUCUGCUACUUCUGCAUUAGCUAGCGAACAACUUACUUGCGUAUUAGCUACAAACCGUGAUUCCACCCGAUCUGGGACUGUCUUGGCCGCUCUUUUUUCCGAUCCUCUCCCCAAUCAAUCCUUCUCUUCGCCUUCUCCUCUCCCCAUCAUCUUUCCUCGAUCCCACGGUCCUACCCCGUUCAAUACCGUCAAAGUGUCUUCCCUCGCAGUUCCCCGUACCAUUUCCUUCCCCCCGGGGGUGGAUACUCAACCGCAACGGUUGAGUCCGGAUUCCAGCAUGUCCCAGAACAAGGGUGGACGGAGGAGACGGUCAAGCAGCAUCAUUUAUCAGGAGCCACCGGAAUCCAUUGAGCGCACCAGCGACCAGGCUGCCUUGCCCAAUCUAAAUGCGAACUGGGUCAAUGCCAAGGGUGCCUGGACCAUUCAUUUCGUUUUAAUCGUUGCCUUGAAGAUCUUCUACGACAUCAUUCCCGGGGUCUCGCAGGAAACCUCAUGGACCCUGACCAAUAUCAGCUACAUGUUCGGCUCGUUUCUUAUGUUCCACUGGGUGCGGGGCAUCCCUUUCGAAUUCAAUGCGGGUGCCUAUGAUAAUCUCAACAUGUGGGAGCAAAUUGACAAUGGAGAUCAAUAUACCCCGACGAAGAAGUUCUUGCUAUGCGUGCCGAUCUGUCUUUUCCUUCUCAGCACGCAUUAUACCCAUUACGACCUGACGUAUUUCACCAUCAACUUCUUAGCAACUCUGGGAGUGGUCAUUCCGAAGCUGCCAUUUUCCCACCGACUGCGGAUAGGUCUUUUCUCUCCUGAACCAGAGGAGUAG